UGGUCACACUUAUGCAACGAUUGCCUUGGCGCUAGAAAUAAAGUGUCACUUAAUAAUUUUAAGCUCACAAAGCAGCAGUCAAAUUAAACCAAUAUGGCUCAGGUCAUGGAGAAUCCGUACUUAAAAAAAUUGUACUUCAAGCACUCCGUGGCCUACACCGAGGACCACAUCCCGGUGCAGAAGAUCCAGUUGUACGCCGUGUCACAGAAGCUGAACGAACUGAUGUUAAAGGAUUUUUUUGGCAUGUUCGGCCCUGUGCUGCGCCUGCAGCUUUUCAAGCCAAGGACUGUGCCGUACCUAGACCAGCGAUACUUGCAAACCGGCUACGUGCUCUUUGCCGAGAAAACAGAUGCUGCCAAGGUCCUGUACACCACAGUUUAUCGUCUGAAUGGAAGCCAGUUCCAUGUGAAGGCCAGCGAUAGUUGGCAACAGCCGGAUGCCUACGGAAUUCCCCGGCACCUGCCGGUUGGCCCACCGCCGCCCGUGAUGAGCCUAAACGACCAUUGUCUACAGCAUGUAAUGGCUUAUCUAACACUGCCAGAUCAGAUACACUUUGCCAGAACCUGCCUGCGCUUUAGGGCGGUCUACCAAAUGGCCACUGUCAGCCUUCACAAGUCCGUGAACUUGGGCGAGUUUGGAAAGAUGACCGUGUGGGAUAUGCGAGACUUUUUCGAACUGUCCGGCGCACAUGUAAAAAAGCUGUUUGGCAUGAUGCCGAGUAUUCACGCUAAUCGCCUCUGUGACUUUCUGGCCAACAAGUGCACCAAUCUCAAGACCAUAAGGGUGGUCAGCAACAUAUGGUCGGAGCCUAACAUACACAAGGUAUUGGACAAGAUGGAACAGCUCGAAACGCUGGUGUUGCCCAUGCAGAAUAUAUCCGACCACUAUCUCUGGGGGCUGCGAAAUCUGCGGAAGCUGAAAACACUGGAUCUCAGCCACAACCCUUUGAUAGGCGACACUAUGGCCUUGUUGCCUUCCAGCAUUGAGUCUCUGACGCUAAACGAUUGCCAGUAUAUCAACGGCAGGCGCAUAUUAAAAAUUCUAAAGACCUUUCACUUGCUGAAGGAGUUAAACAUAAAGAAUAUAGAUCCCCGUAGUGCGGAGAUAUACGAAAAUAUGAUCAAGCAGAAAUGCUGCAAUGCACUGCAGACCUUGCGGAUUACCGGUUACGGUAACAUACAUUACGAGUAUGUGGCUCAGAUACCAAACCUUAAGCACCUGUCGGUCUUUGUAGAGCAGGGACUUCGCGAAGAGCUCUUUGAGCAACUGGCGAUGCACAAAGCCAGCCAACUGGAGUGCUUGGAGAUAAUCGGGGCCGUUGAUGCCUCUAUAGAAGUGCUUCGCAACAUUGCGAAAUUGACCGAAUUACGUGCUCUCAUACUGCCGCAUAUUAAACCAAACGCAUCUCUAAAUUAUGCGUUCGGCAGGGGCACUCUGAAGAAGCUGGAGAAAUUAUUCUUACGCGAUUCUUGCGGAGUCAGCAACGAGGCGAUCUUAAAGGUCUUCAGGGCAUGCCCCAGACUAAGCUAUAUCGGCGUGAGGAAUGGCAACCAGAUAAACGAAGAACUAGCUAUGGGAAUAGUGUCGCGUGUUCAGCAGGAGAUAGCCAAUAAGGAUAUGCAUCGCAAGCUGCCCAUCGAAUUGUAUCCCUCCAUGAUAACUAAUCUGGAUAAGCUCAUGGAAGACCACUCAGGCAAGUUACCAAAGGAUAUUAUCCAAAUAAAAGAAAGAACAAGCUCAUUGGCGAUUUGGGAGACUUUUUUGGAGGAGAAAUCGAAGAGUAUAACGUCGACCCCUUUGACUGGAACUUGGACGACUUUGAGGACUCAGACGAAGAUGAUUUUGAAGAAGAAAUUUAUUUUGUACCUAUGGAGGACGAUUAGAUGAAAUCCCAAUUGUGAAAUUAAUUUAUCAAGCAUCCUUUUUUUUUGUUUUCUGCAAAUGACAAAAAACGUCAUAAUAUUUUCCUGGAAAGAGGCUGAAGGAGUAACCUUAAUGGAUUAAGUUUUUUCAAGAUAAUUUAAUUACAAUCAUUUCAAUUAUCUUGUGAUUUUUGCUACUUCCAAAUCGAAUAAAAUGUUUUCAAAUAUAAGGAUGGUAA